UUCAUAUGAUGAGGCUUUUAUUAUGGCCAGUGACCCCUUGGAAGGCUUUCAUGAAGUGAACCUCGCUUCGCCUACUACACCAGAUCUUCUUGGAGUAAAUGAGCCAGGGACUCGGGAACAAACUACCUCACCCAGUGUUAUCUACCGACCACAUCCUUCUGUUGUGUCUUCCACACCAAUCCAACCCAAUGCAUUAAAUGUUUCUGACCUUCCCACACAACCUGUUUAUUCAUCUCCCAGACAGCUGAAUUGUGGAGAAGCAUCAGGUGUCAGCAUCAAUGUUACCGACGCAGUACUUUGUUCUACCUCUGGACCCCAGGGUGGGUCAUUCAAUCACAAUAAUUCCAGAAAGGAGAGCAAUAACGCAGAGAGAGAGUUUUUGCAGGGUGCUACAGUAGCAGAUGUUGCUGAAGGAAAUGAAGAUAUUUUUGGGUUGAGUACAGACAGUUUAUCUCACUUACGGAGCCCAUCUGUACUGGAAGUAAGAGAAAAGGGCUAUGAAAGAUUGAAAGAAGAACUUGCAAAAGCUCAGAGGGAGCUGAAGUUAAAAGAUGAAGAAUGUGAAAGGCUUUCUAAAGUGCGAGAUCAACUUGGACAGGAAUUGGAAGAACUUACAGCUAGUCUGUUUGAGGAAGCACACAAAAUGGUUAAAGAAGCUAAUGUCAAACAAGCUGCAGCAGAAAAACAGUUAAAAGAAGCACAGGGAAAGGUGAGUUAUAUUCAGGCUGAAGUAGCAGCGUUGAAAACACUAGUACUGUCUACUUCACCGACAUCUCCAACUAAGGAGUUUCAGUCUACUGGAAAAAAUCCUUUUAAGAAAGGCCAUGCAAGAAACAAGAGUACAAGCAGUGCUAUGGGUGGCAGUCAUCAGGACCUUACCAUGAUGCAGCCAAUUAUAAAAGACUGUAAAGAGGCUGACCUAUCUUUGUACAAUGAAUUCAGAUCUUGGAAGGAUGAGCCUACUAUGGACAGAACGUGUCCUUUCUUGGAUAAAAUUUAUCGGGAAGAUAUUUUUCCAUGUUUAACCUUCUCAAAAAGUGAGUUGGCCUCAGCUGUUCUGGAAGCUGUUGAAAACAACACUCUGAGCAUUGAACCUGUUGGCUUGCAACCUGUUCGAUUUGUGAAAGCUUCUGCAGUUGAAUGUGGGGGACCAAAGAAAUGUGCUCUCAGUGGACAAAGUAAGUCAUGCAAGCAUAGAAUCAAAUUAGGAGAUUCAAGCAGUUAUUACUACAUUUCUCCUUUCUGUCGUUACAGGAUCACUUCUGUGUGUAACUUCUUUACGUAUAUUCGAUAUAUCCAGCAAGGACUGUUGAAGCAGCAAGAUGCGGAACAGAUGUUCUGGGAAGUUAUGCAGCUGAGAAGAGAGAUGUCACUAGCAAAACUUGGCUAUUACAAGGAAGAGCUCUAAAUCUUUUUACUCUUGCGCAUGCAUGAACUUCAUUGAAUAACUACAAUUGCUGAAUCUUUUUUUGUCACUUGAUAUUUAUUUCCACAAAGUGGGUCCAAGAUCUUUCUCCUUUUGCAGAUUGCACUAAGAAGUACUGUGAUUGUUUUAAACUGACUUAUGCUGUAUAUGCGUACAUAUAAUACUUAGUUGAACAAAUGUGGUAAGCACUUGCAGGUGUAUUAGUGAUUGUAAUUUACAUUUAAAAACAAAACUUCUGAUUAAAGUGUUAGUCUGAAGC